CCUCUAUCUCUGUCUGUCUCUUCCUCUGGUCUCUCCUCGGUGUCUCACGGUCUCCUCCCCGGUGUCCGGUAGGGGGCGGUCCUCUUGGCUCCUCCCAUGACAUUCAGUCCCGGAGCCGCAGCCUCCCGGAUCUGCCCGCCUCCUCCCUCGUCCUGCAGGCCCCGCCGGUGUACAGGUUUCAUACAGAAGAUGGUGUGAGGUUGUGCAGAGGACACUCGUCUGCCUGAUUAGCACCCGGCCGUCACCCUGAAGCCUUCCCUGUUGGACCCUUGUUCCCGGGCCCCCAGCAUGUCCGAGGGCUGGGCUCCUGCACAGGCCCCCCCAUCCUCCUUGCAGCCGUCCCAGCAGCAGACACCACAGCAUCCCAUUGCACUUGGUGAGCAUCCCAUUGCCAACCCAGCUCCUGCCGACAACCCACUGAGCUGUGCCGUGUACGGCAUUCUGGUGCAGCCCGAUCUGGGGAUCCAGCAUCCUCCCUUACCCCCCGCUGAACCUCUGCACAAGUGCGGGCUGUGCGGACAUGACCUUACCCACCUGGCGAACCCUCAGGAACAUCAGUGCUUGCCCUCAGCCAGCCAGGACCAAUGCACCCAGUGUCUAAAGAUCUUUCACCAGGCCACCGACCUCCUUGAGCACCAGUGCACGCAGGUGGAGCAGAAGCCUUUUGUCUGCGGAGUCUGUAAAAUGGGCUUCUCUCUGCUGACCUCGCUGGCCCAGCACCACACGGCCCACACUGGAAGCUCCCUGAAAUGCUCCAUCUGUGAGAAGACGUACAAGUGUCCAGAGGCGGACAGAGCCUGUCUACCCAGCGCACCCGUACCGGCCACCACCUCCCUCGACAGACCCUUCAUCUGCACCUUGUGUCACAAGCCAUUUAAGCACCUGUCAGAACUGUCCCGCCACGAGCGCGUCCACACCGGUGAGAGGCCAUACAAGUGCACACUGUGCGACAAGAGCUUCAGUCAGUCCUCACACCUGGUGCACCACAAGCGCACACACAGCUCGGAGCGCCCCUACAAGUGCACCGUGUGUGAGAAAAGCUUUAAGCAUCGCUCGCACCUCCUGAGACACAUGUACGCCCACUCUGGCGAGCAGCUCUUCCAGUGCCAGACGUGCCAGCUGCGCUUCAAGGAAUCUUCUCAGUUACUGCAGCACCCGUGCACACCAGCUGGCGAGCGGCCCUUCUGCUGCAGCGCCUGUCAAAAGACGUUCCGGCGGCCGUCAGACCUGCGACAGCAUGAACGCACGCACAGCGAGGAGCGCCCCUUCCACUGUGACCUGUGCCAGAUGAGUUUUAAGCAGCAGUAUGCACUCAUGAGGCACCGGCGCACACACAAGGCUGAGGAGCCUGACAACUGCACUUUCUGUGAAAAAGGCAUGACCUUCAGUCUGCACGGAGCCGAGAGCGUCUUCAAGUGCAACGCUUGCCAGCAGGGCUUCCGCCAAUCGCAGGACUUGCUGCGGCACAAGUGUGGACAGAGCUUCGGGGAGCGACCCUUUCAGUGUAACGUGUGUCAUAAGACUUACAAGCACGCCUCCGCUCUGCAGAAACACCAGGCCGCCCACUGCACGGAGAAGCCGCUGAGGUGCACAGCCUGCGAGCGCCGCUUCUUCUCCUCCUCGGAGUUUGUGCAGCAUCGCUGCGACCCGGCCAGAGACAAACCUCUCAAAUGUCCAGACUGUGAAAAACGCUUCAAAUACGCCUCCGACCUGCAGAGACACCGGCGGGUGCACACGGGUGAGAAGCCCUACAAGUGCCCGUCCUGUGACAAAAGUUUUAAGCAGAGGGAACAUCUGAACAAACAUCAGAGCGUCCACAACAGAGAGCAACACUACAAGUGCUUGUGGUGCGGCGAGCGCUUCCAUGAACUGGGUCAGCUCCAGGAGCACAGCGCGCAGCACACGGCGGACACCGGGGCCUUCCAGGUGGCCGCAUGUCUGCCCUGACUCAUUACCACGCUAGCGCCCCUCCACCACCCCCCCGCACCAAAUCAUAGCCCUGCCAGUAAUAAAGCAGUGUGUAUAGGGAGAGCUCCCACGGAAGCUGCUGUCACGUGUCUGUGUUGUGUGUUCACAGUGGCGUCUGUGGAAGAUGUGUAAAAUAGGAUCAUACUGAGCAGCGUCCGGACAGGACCAAAUUGUGCGCAGG